AUGACAAACAGUGAGGGAAGUCUUCACAAGGAGAUGGUUGAGGGUGAAUCAAGCAAUGCAAGGGAAAGAAGGCUUAAGAUGCAAGCCGAUUUGAAGAGGAUGGAUCAGAGGAUGGAAGAAUCUGAUGCAGAGGGAUAUGUGAGUGAUGAGACUGAGAGUGAAGAGGAAGGAGAAGAGGUGAACCAAUUGGUUGAUGAAGAUGAUCAAGAGGGGAACCAAGAUGAACCUAUGGAGGAGUUGAGCCACAAGAGCAGCAAGAGGAGGAGAAGAACUCCCUAUGUACCAAGAGCAUUACAAUGCCCUCUUCUCCAUGGACUUCAUGGAGACCAAGUACCCACAUGUUGA